UCGCCACAGUACUUUUCCAAAUCUCCCUCUCUCCCUUUUUUUUCUUUUUCUGUCUUUGUUAGAUUUACUUUCACUUUCACGCCUCACAGCAGAAGUGUUUAGCAGCAGGAGGAGUCAAAGUGGAUGUAUUUCACAACAACACAACAGUCUCAGUGGAAUUUUCUUGCGCAGCUUGGUUUGAGUGGGUCUCUGUUGCUGCUUUCGACGCCUCCCUGCUUCAUUUCGCGGACAACCAGAAUAAUAGUGCACCAUGCUGUGAUUCCCCAGUUAACCCACAAUUUGAAAACUGUAUCAUGCCUCGCUGGAGUAAAGUCUCUAUCAUAUGUGGUGUCCAGACAGAACCAACAGCAGCCAACAGGUUGUAGUGUGUUGUCUCUCCUCAUUCUGCUGGUGAGGUCUACACUCUGCUAUGGCUUUGACUGAGGAGGAAGAGGAGGGAGGUCCUCCCUCUGAAGCCACUCUGCCUGGGAAACAUGACAGCCAGACCAAACCUAAGAGCCCAGUCCAUCAGGAGAGACCAGACUCCCCUGCGCCCGGCUGUGAACCCAUGAAGACAGACCAGUGUAUGGAAAUAGCUCUUACAUCCAAAGAUACUGAACAGAGCAGGACCCAUCAGGAGAGACCAGACUCCCCUGUACCCAGCUGUGUGUCCAUGAAGAGUGACCACUCCAUAGGACGAUUUCUUGAUUUCAAAGAUGGACACCCCUCUACUGAACAGAGAGACCACCAGGAGAGGUCAGAGGUUCUCAGUGGUCAGUCUGUCCAGGAGCAUCAAACAGACCUGGACUCCAUAUUUAUGCUGCUUGAGGAGAACCUUGUCACUUUUGUGACGAAGGAGCUGAAGGGGUUCCAGAAGGUUCUGAUUUCAGAUUACCCAGAGUGCUUAGAGAGACAGAGGGAAGAGGAAGAGGAGCAGAGGAGGAGCACCAGGGAGGCACUUCUGAAGAUCACACUGCACUUCCUGAGGAGUAUGAAGCAGGAGGAGCUGGCUGCCUCUCUGGAGAGCAAUCCCAGCCCGGUUCAGGAGACGGGCAUCUGGGCCGGGAUGUACCGUGGGUUUUAUUACUGGUGCCAGCAGUUCUGGAAGAGCGGUGAGGGUCACAGUCAGACAGAUCAGAGUCCCAGUCACUGUCCCCCACAAUAGAUCCACAGCCCAGGACGGACAGGUCCACCGGACCAGAACCAGAACUAUCCGAAUCUGACUCCCUAAAAUACGUGGGAGAAUAAAAAGAAAAAUUAAACUUUAUUUAUGAUUUAUCUUACUCAGAUUGGCCUUGGAUUAAAUCAGUAUCUGUAUUUAUUCUCCUGCAUGGACAAGAAAACAAGUUUAAGAUUAUCUGAAAGAGUGACACAUUUGCAGUGUGAUGCCACAGAGUGGCCAUCAAGCAGAAACUGACUCUGGCCCAGGGCAGCAUCCUUGCUUGACACGUCCUCGGUAGUCUCCAACCCAUAGUCAAUAAAGCAUCAGUGCAGAAAUAUGAAUCUGUAUUUGCUCAUUUGUGUGGGAUGCUAUGGGGGAGGGUGGGUGUAUGUAUAAUAUAUAGCCUUGGCUUAUUUGCAGAGAAAGACUUGGCUACUUAACCUUAUCACAAAUUCUCUUUAUCAACAUGCCAAUGUUUCCACCUCAUACAAGUAUAAAAAUGUUUAUCUUUUCCUACACUGUAUAUGGGAAUGUUCAUUAGUGAAACCAUUCUGGGUUAAGGUGGUGGAGGUCCUGAGUAGCUGAUCUGGCUCUGUAAUCCUCCUGACUCCUGCUUUGUGACUAUUAGGGGACAGAUCUCAAACACCAAACAUAUCGAAAGGUGUUUCUUCUCUUAUGGUGGAGGGUUUGGUCACAGCUUCCAGAAUGAUCUGGAGACACUGGAAAAUAGCUAAAGCUCCAGAUCUGAAAGAUUGGGUAAAUGCAGUGAUUGAGACUGCAUCCUACAAGGCUAUGCUCAACAGAUUAAAAGGCAACAUGGAAGAUGGGACUACCCCUUGGGAUCUUUUCUGGACUCAUAUAAAGCCUGAUGGAGGUCUUGCUUAGAUCUCAAGAAUAACCAAGACCCCUCAGUGACUGUGGCACGCUCCCCUUGCUUCUCAUUACAGACUGGGUUUCUUACUUCCAUAUGCAUACUUGUUUUUACUUAUGAAGUCAGGACCCUAAAAGGGGUGAAGUUUGUUGAAACAGCGUACCACUAGCCUUCCCCUUACUGUUCUUUUUGAAAAAUUCAAUAAAAAUUUAAAU